UGUAAGACCGUGGAGUCACACAUCGUCAGCUCUCUCGCGUGCCAGUCUGUAAAGUCACGACGAGGUCCGUAGCGCCGAGCGAAUCGACGCAACGGUCCGUAGUAGCUGCGGGCGCGCGCUAGUGUCGGCAUCGUUGCUGCUCGUAUCCCUUUUAAUAUCCGCCUUCUCCUCCAACUUUUGGAAUCCCAAAAGUAGUAUAGAGAACCGGUUUCACUCUCCCUCUCUCUCUCUCUCACUCUCUUUCUCUUUCUCUCUCUCUCUCUCUCGACUAGUGAGUAGCGACAUAAGCCAGCGUGCGAAAUCGACAGUCAGUGAAUUACGAAAUUAUCCUGGAUAUGAACUCUUCGACACUUGUCGGGAAUCCGAACGUCAUGGUCGCAGGGCCGCCUCCACCUCCACCUCCCCCACCUCCCGUGUCUGGUCAUUUACCAGCUAUGAAGCUAAAUACUGCCGAGAAUGCAACAGCAAGGAGGCCGCAGGUGGUUAGCAACGAUUACGAGCCGCCGGCAGCCAUUCAAAAUGCCAUGCUGACGAAGGACAAGAAACCCUUCACUUAUACCCCGGGUAUGGGUGGCAAAUUAGAUCUCUCGCAGAUCCGUAGUCCGCGAAUGGCGAGAAGAGUGGCGAAAAAUGCUAAUGACGAGGGGAUAGAAGGGCCACCAAAAUCUGCCAUCGAGCCAAAGCUAUCGCCCGCGGUUUCUCCCCCAGCGAAUCUCUUGAUACCUCAGGUCGCGGUACCUGUUUUUCCUUCUAACGUGCCGCCUCAGCCUCCUAACAGGAUGUCACACUCACCUUCAGUCAAUAGAACAUUGUCGAACGCUGUAGACAAGCAAGCAGAGCCAACGAGGAAUAUUAUGAAAGUGGAUACGAAAGUAGUGCCGAUCACAGUCACGUCGAAUCAGUCGAGCACUCCUGAAAGUCCAACCAGCCCUACCCAAAUUACCUUAGCUAAGGCUCCUACGCCUUGGAUGCAAAAUAAAACCAAGCCCCAAGAAGAAUUGCCCGAAUGGGCUAAACGCACGAAUACCAAUAAAACAGCUGGCAACGAGCCGUUGGAAGACGCACUCUCACCGGUUUACGUUCAGGUUCAGCAAUCGUCUCCGCAAUCUCCACAGGCGAAACCAAAACAAGAGCAAAAGCAAUAUUCGGUCCCGCAGUACCAGCAAACGAGACCGCAACAAUUAUCUCAACAGCCGCAGCAGCAGAGGCGGAAUGCUGAUCCUGUGACGCCACAACAAAUUAAUUCGCAAUCACAUCACGUUGUACCCAUCCGAAUGGAAGAUAGACCGUCGGUAUUUGACGUGAAGCGUGAAUCUGGUCAUCAUCAGUUUAAACAGCCUCCAACUCUGCAUCAUCAGCAACGAUGGGGUCAAAUGACCCCGCAACAGAAUCAAGCGCAGAAUCAAAAGCAGACCCAAGCUCAUGUCACAUCCCCGUCGCGGCCAGAACAAUCAGGUGGAACAACUUAUAUCAUCCCCCUUGUAGUUGAAGGUAGCGAGAAGAGAACGAUGCCACCAAAUACGGAAAAUAAUAUUAAGAUCGGGAAACCAGCAAGAGUUGUGCAACAGCGGAGUCCCGAUCUUAUUCAGCAACACGAGCCUGGCCCGGUUCAAUCGCGAUCGUUUCGCGUCCUUCAAAAGAUUACGGACACGGAUGAAUUCAACGAUGUUGGUCCAGAACAAAUACGUAAAAUGGAAUUAAGUGAAGACGAAAAGAUACUCAUGAACAAAUUUAAAGAACAAGUCGAUCAGGAGACUUAUCUCCAUCAAGAGAAAGAUCCGAGAUAUCGUGGUGCGGCAAUACCUUCGCGAGCUUUUCGUUUUUUACAAAAUAUGACAGAGUCGAAUGAUACCCCAGUUUGCGCUGCGCCACAUAAUGUACAACAAAAUGUACAAAAUAAGCGGCAAAAUAGAAAUUCUAAGUCGUUCGAGGAGACACAGGCAAAUCUGCCGCCUAGUGAACAACAAGUACCGGAACCGAAGAAAUACACGGGUAGUGCAAUUCCUUCUCGAUCCUUCAGGAUAUUACAAGCGAUGACAUCAACAGAAAACAAUGCCACACAAGAAAAUCGUCAAGCAGAUUACACCUGUCGAACAGAGACUAACUUGCCGGGCAAUCAGCAAGACGCAUUCUUCUCUCCUCGACCCGUUCCCUUCUGGUCGCAUUCCGAAGGUUGGUGGGGCUAUUAUCCCGUGCCAUAUAAUGCUCCAUCCAAUAAGCCCGCGAACGAGGCGGACGAACGCUCCUUUCCCUACCUACGAUAUCCAGACGAAAACGCGUGCGUUGGAUAUGAAUUUUUUUAUCCGGUUUACGACGAAAACUUUGCGAACGUGGCACCGAUCAAAGUUAUAGACCGAGACAAUUCUCCAGGCCGAUACGGUUACGUUGCCGUCAUUUGCCCCCAACCGGGACACAAUGACGUCCAAUCGGGCGUUGAUUGUACAAAUAUAAUGCCAAAUAGCUGCGACUACAUUCACAAUCGCUGUUCCACUGUCCGCUCGUCUCCCGCUCGGAACGAUAGUUACUUUCCGCAAAACGCCUCGGUCGACGAAUCGGGAAACACCAACGAGAUUAAUCACUUGGACGCGCAGCCGAGUGGGACGUACAGUCCCAAAAAUGUCUGCGAGAGCUACAACAGCGACAGAAAUUGUCCCGUGACGUCGAUGAACAUAGUCGACGAGGAAGACAGCAGCGCGCCGGAUAGACCCGGCGGAGCAAUAAUCUCUAAUAACAUCGAGAAGUCCAGAAAAACAUUCGGUCUGCACAUCAACGUGCCUAAUUACACGUACGUAGAUACCAGCGACUCCAGCGAUUCCAGCGAUUGCAGCGAUUCCAACGAUUCUAGCGACACCAGCGAUUCUAUCUCCGAUAACGAGCACUGUUCCGAUUCUCGCCAGAAAUAUAACGACACCACUUCCGACAAUACACCGUCCAACAGCGAUUCGGAUUCAUACGAGGGUUAUUCAAUGGAUCCUUACGAGAAACCGAGGACGUAUCCGCGCGCCGUUGCCACCGACGAGGACUGUGCCGAUGCCGCUCACUCGGAGUGCCCGAUUAAUGUGGAUACUAUUGAUAAUCCAUCCAGACAUUCGCAGAACGAGAACAGUCGCGACAAGACACUCCCUAAGAAUCGUAUCGGUUAUUCGAACGAUCGAAGUUCAUGCGUAACGUUGAAGCGAGAUCUCGCGACGAGCGUCGAGUCGAAGGGGUGCAUCGAGGAGGGUUGCGCUGAUAAUCAAGGUAGCCCUUGCUCCAGUAAGAUGAAUCCCGUAGGCGAUAACGUAUCGAAUACGGAGCGGCGUGACGAGGAGAAGCAGGUAACCGACAACGCGGCUCCUCAUCAGUUGAGUGUAACUUACGAGGACGUGGAACGAUUGAGUUCCGAGAGACUGCGUCGCGAGAGCAAGAAGAAGCUCGAGGGACGUAGUAACACUUCCCGCGAGGUGGUCGAUGAUCCGCCCGACGACACGGAAGCUACCAUGGUCAGCGUGAGUUUGCCCCUGAAAUUCAGGUUUUCCGUGUCCGAGGACAACGAGGACAUCACCACCGUGACAGUCGGCAAUAGCGAAAUAAAGGCGGAGAGAUCCCGCUGCGGGUAUCCCGUGAAAAAUGACAAGAGUGACGACGUUUGUGUCAAUUUCCACGUUGGCAACGACACCAGCGUGGACUUUACCGUGAAGAGACGCGUGUCGGACGCGACUGCGAGCACAAGAGACGAGGCGAGCCUCGAGGUCGCGGUGCCGCAUGUGGAUUUCACUUUUAAGAAAGAGCCAACGAAUGUCGGCGAAACCAACAGCGGAGAACAGAACGCGGAGACGGAAUUCCCAGUUACGGAAACCACGGGAUGUCACCGAAUAAACGUUGAGGAAUCGAACAGUGCUGACGAUUGCAUCACCGAUUCAGAGUCGGUGGAGGCUACGCGAGUAGCCUUGCCAGUGAAUGACGAUGGAAACUGCGUCCAAGCGGAAUCCACUUGUAACUACUUCGGGAAUAUCGAUGGCAACGGAACCGCUGACGAGUCGAGACUCGCCACGUCCGAAUGCUCUUGGAUGCGAGAUCCCGAAGCGCUUCAAGUUGACGAUACAAAUGAAAGCAGUCAGAAGAACUGUUCCAUCAUUGUGGAUAAUAGUGACGAUCGAUGUGUCGACCCGGAACUCUACCAGAAAUAUUUACUGAGCCUCCAGGACUCUCGCGAGGACACCGAUGACGAGGACAGCGGUGUCACUUCCGACAUAAGCCGGAUGAUAUCCGAGGUCGACGCGGAGUGUCGCGAGAACGACACGGAUUCGGAGUGCACCGUUUCGAAAAAUCAGAAGAAGUAUCAACGAACGCAGACGCACUCGCGGCUCUUUCGGCUUCUAAACGACGAUUCCAAUCUACCCGAUUGUGCCAGCACGGACCCCGGCACCAGAAAGGAGUAUCUCAGCUUACCGCUUAAGACGAACGCGUUCCACUACGACGACAGUUAUUGCUCCAAUUAUUCCAGCGGUUUAACGUCACCCGAAUAUUCACCCGUUCACGAGCAGUCCUGUCGGAAAUUUCACGACGCGGCGACGAGCGGGAAUGCCGCGAGCUUACCGGACGUCAAGCUCCACCGUCUGGCGCACCAGCCGGAAAUUCCCACGAAAGACAAUUCGUACCUUCCACCCUGGAAGGGCGCGAAAUUACCCAAUCUACACGAGCACGAUGUAAUACCCUCUUUAGCUUUCAAGUUCCUCAACAGUAAGAUGCCCUUUUGGACCUACAAGGUGAACGUGCUGUGCCCGAGAAUCAAGAGUACGAAAAGCGUGCCGCAAGCCUUGCUGGCACGGCAAAUCGACAAGAACUAAACGAUCUCGCCGGUGAUUUCCUCCUAUCCCGAACGUCCUUGUGCGAACGCUAAACCAACUAUUGCUGAUGGCCCUAGGGUAGAAUGAGGCCAUUUACCGCUGCGAGCAACCGCUCUCUACGAUCCACGGGACAUAUUUUUUUCUCUCGAUUCUCCUCACAAGACAGGGCUGAGUGUGCCCAAGGCGCUCUACGGGCUACGUGAUUUUUUUUUCUAUCGGUACAUAUCGUUUCCAUAUAUUCGUGUAUCAUUCUUGAUUUCUUCUCCAUAUUUCCCACUUUCCUUUCUUUCGUUUUUUUUUCUCUGGUCGUUUACAGUUGAACCUCUAUAUUUGUAACAUAUCGCGAUCAUCCUGUUUCGGACACGUCUUUUUAAACCUAUUUUCACGUGCAUGCGCAGAAUAAAAAUAGUUAUCGAUACGCGUAAUGUAUUUCUUUCGACUUUCACUCGCGGUUUCUCACUCUGCGUAUGGUCGCGUGUUUACCGGAGAAAUAUAAAGUUGUAGGAAAGGUGGGGACGCAAAAAGUGUUAAGAAUACGGAGAUUUGACUGUUUUCUUUUCUUUUUGUACUUCUUAUCGUUAAUUCGAUUAUAGACGCAUGUAAUCUCU